AUGGAAACUGAGUCAGAUUUGGAUCCAGAACAGCAACACAUGAUGGAAUCUGGCUUUUCACGGAUGCAAAUUGAUCCUAGAAGGUCUCGGUUUCCGUGCUCCAUUGUAUGGUCACCACUUCCGGUGAUUUCUUGGUUCAUUCCUUUCAUUGGUCACAUUGGAAUCUGCAGAGAGGAUGGGGUCAUUUUGGAUUUUGCAGGUCCUAAUUUUGUUUGCGUUGAUAAUUUUGCAUUUGGAGCUGCUACUCGCUAUCUCCAAAUACCUAAAGAUAAGUGUUGCAUCCCUUUAGGCCAGUCUGCUUAUAAGAGUGAGGAACACUACACGCAGGACGAAGCUGGAGGUGAGUUGAGGACCUGGGACGAUGCUCUACUGAAAAGCACUCAAGAAUUCCAACACCGAUCUUACAGUCUCUUUACAUGCAACUGCCACUCCUUUGUUGCCCAUAAUUUGAACAGGCUCAGCUACCUGUCAAACAGAUGGAAUGUCGUUAACCUUGCAAUUUUCAUUUUACUCAACGGACGCUGGGUCAACAAAACAUCUAUGCUGCGAACGAUUUUACCAUUUGUGGUUGUAUUUUUUCUUGGAGUCACAUUGGGAGGUUUCACUUUCUUAAAAUUUUGGUUCUUAUUCACUUCGGUUCUAAUUGGCUGGUUCCUUCUCGGCACAUAUUGUUUUAAGAAUCUGAUUCAGUUGUAG